UUUAGUCUAAUUACAAAACUUGGGACAAAUUUAUUAAUAAUUGAUUCGUUAUUCCGCCGGCUUCUAUCUCUCCCUGCUGUGAGCAAAAAUGGCGGGACUCAGUUUCAGCAUCCGGCCUUCCUCUCUAACCUCCAGCCCCGCCACGGUGUCGAUUUUCCAUGGCAUGCGAUGCUGCUGCUCGAGAAUCCCGCCAGACCAUGCCGGCGCUAACAAGCACGGCACCGCCGGCGGAGAAACGCCGCAGCUUCUUAAAAUCGCAGUCAGCGGAGUCACUGAGCUCCUCAGGAUUCUCUCUCCCCUCAGUAAGCGCAGGUCGGGCCAAGAGAGCUUCGAGCAGAUCGAUGAAAUCUCAGUUUCUGGCAUCGAUGACGUCGUGUCGAUCCUCGAAUCGGACUAUGAAAAGGCUUAUUUUGUUACUGGGAUCUUCUCUUCUGGAAUUUAUGCUGAAGACUGUGUAUUUGAAGAUCCGACUAUUAGAUUUCGAGGUAGGGAUCUGUACCAGCGCAACUUGAAAUUGCUCGUUCCUUUCUUUGACCAACCAUCAAUUGAACUGAAAAAUAUCGAGAAGGGUGAAGAUGCUGAAGAGAAGUUUAUUCUCGCUACUUGGAAGUUAAGGAGUUACUUAAGACUUCCCUGGAGGCCUCUCAUUUCCAUUGACGGGAGAACAGUCUAUGAGCUCGAUAACAACUUCGAAAUUGUUAGACAUGCGGAGAGCUGGAACGUAUCAUCACUCCAAGCCAUCGGGCAGAUAUUUACUCCGAAUUUUGGGAGGUCUAAUCAUGAUUGAAGGUAAUUCGUGAAUCUUACAAUUUAUCGAUAGGAUAGCAUUUUACCAUUAUUCUACUCGAAACAUUGAUAGAUUGGGAGGAUACCAUCUUGUGAUUGGUUUCUCUACCUAUGAUUGGUAUGGUUACGUUCAGGGCAAUUGCAUGCAAAGGGUGGCUGAUCCUACCGGUGAAAUUGUAAGUGUAUAUAUAUUUGUCGUUAUAUGCACGUGAAUUCAUUUGAUACCUUCAAGUCACUCGAAUUGGUAGAAUGACUGUCAUCUGGUUUGCCACCCGCAUCCAUUUACCCGACUCCUAAUGGUCAACCGUAUAGUUUGCUUCC